UGGCUAGGGAUAACGGAAUUUUACCCCCAUAUUACUUGUGGUGUAAUCAGCAAUAAACAAAAGACGGAAAAUCAUUCAGUUACUUAACCCGUUCAACAGCCAUUUUUGUGUUGAUAGUUGUUCUACUGUGUGCUGAAAACAAAAUCAAAAUCUUCAACAUGACCGACAUGGCUUCACAGUUCGUAAACUUUUACGUUGGAAAUCUGUCGACUUUGUCCAAAGAAAUUCAACUAAAUCAACAUUUAAUACAACUGGUGGUCGAAAGAAAAAAGACGGUAACAUCGGACCUUCAACAAAAGUUCAAGCAGCUUGUCAUGGACAUGAUAAAGAAGCGAAAAUUGAACCACGCUGAUGUAGCCGAUCGGGAUUUCCAGAUCAAAAAAAUUUAUUUCCAAGUCCGACAAAUUCGAACGCUUGAGGAUUACAAACAGACACUGACGAGAGAAUCGUGUGACAUUCUCGACAAAUAUUUUGCAUCGCUUGGACGAGAAGUGGAAAGUAUUGAAUCGAAUCCGGUAAAUGCUGAUGGCCAAGAUGACGAGUUAGCAAAGACAUUAGCAUCCAUUAAACUUCAUCUGGACAAGCCAGUUGAAGGAGACGCUGUAGUCGUAGAUGUUAUCAAGAAAAUGGAAAAGCGUGACCGGGAUAGUGAACAACGUGACCAGGAAGACCAUGGAUCAGAUUUUGAUGGUUCUAAUGGAAACAGUGACUUAUUCAGCACAGAAUUUAAGAAAAUAACGUUGGAAGAAAUGCUGGAACAAAGGACCAAAAAUAUAGCUUCGGAUAUGACACCUCAGAUGGACAAUCUGCAAACAUUCAUUGAUAAAGUGGUCAGCAUCUGUUCGGAAAUGAAAGACAGAUAUGGAACUGGCGAGGCGUCAAAUUCCGUAAGUGAAGAAGCAGCGUCAACAGAAGAGGAAGAGUACGAUUUGGACGCACUGUGCCAUUGCCGAUCACCAGAAUACGGACAGAUGGUGGAAUGUGACGAUGCAAAUUGCAAGAUAAAGUGGUACCACUUUGACUGUGUCGGACUGACCAAAUCACCGGAGGGCUUGUGGUUUUGUCCGAGCUGCAUAAUUUUUGGAGACGAACCGAUCUAAAUUCGCGGUAAACAUUUUUGACUUGACCAAAGAGUCUGGUUGAAAUUUCUGUAUUCUUUUCAAUAAAAUUUUGUGUAAAAA